GCUCUGGUGUGGGCAUGAGUGUAGAGGACGGGGGUGUCCCAGGCCUGGGCCGUCCCGGGCAGGCCCGCUGGACCCUGAUGCUACUCCUGUCCACUACCAUGUAUGGUGCCCAUGCCCCAUUGUUGGCACUGUGCCAUGUGGAUGGCCGAGUGCCCUUCCGACCCUCCUCAGCUGUGCUGCUGACUGAGCUGACCAAGCUGCUGCUGUGCGCCUUCUCCCUCCUGGUGGGCUGGCAAGCAUGGCCCCGGGGGCCCCCUCCCUGGCGGCAGGCUGCCCCCUUUGCACUACCAGCCCUGCUCUAUGGCGCUAACAAUAACCUGGUGAUCUAUCUUCAACGAUACAUGGACCCCAGCACCUAUCAGGUGCUGAGCAAUCUCAAGAUUGGAAGCACAGCCCUAUUCUACUGCCUCUGCCUCCGGCACCGCCUCUCUGCACGCCAGGGCUUAGCACUGCUGCUGCUGAUGGCAGCAGGGGCCUGCUAUGCAGCUGGUGGCCUCCAGGACCCUGGGAACACCCUUCCCGGGCCCCCUCCGGCAGCUGCGGCUGGCCCCAUGCCCCUGCAUAUCACUCCACUAGGACUGCUGCUCCUCGUCCUGUACUGCCUCAUCUCAGGCCUGUCAUCCGUGUACACAGAGCUGCUCAUGAAGCGACAGCGGCUGCCUCUGGCACUUCAGAACCUCUUCCUUUACACUUUCGGUGUGCUCCUGAACCUAGGUCUGCAUGCAGGUGGCGGCCCAGGCCCAGGCCUCCUGGAGGGCUUCUCAGGAUGGGCAGCACUCGUGGUACUGAGCCAGGCAGUAAAUGGACUGCUCAUGUCAGCUGUCAUGAAGCACGGCAGCAGCAUCACUCGGCUCUUCGUGGUGUCCUGCUCACUGGUGGUCAACGCUGUGCUCUCCGCAGCCCUGCUGCGGCUACAGCUCACAGCUGCCUUCUUCCUGGCCACACUGCUCAUUGGUCUGGCAGUGCACCUGUACUAUGGCAGCCACUAGCCCCUGACCACCUCCACCCUGACUCCUGACCCUGGAGAUUGGGUGUCACUCUGAGAGCCACCUACCAGCCCCCUUUCCCUCAGCAGCCCUGUAUCAAGUGCCUUGUGAGAAAACCUGGGGAAGAGAGAGCAGCCAGAUGGGUGGAUGAAGGUGUACCCCUUAUAGACAUGUAGAGUGGGUUUGGUUAAGGAAACGAAACUCUUAAACAUCCUCCCCCCCAAGCUCUUCUAGACUAAGGAAUUAAGGGAGCAUCAACACUUAGGCCUGAGAAAUGACCCCAUCCCUGAUAGAGCAGGUUCCCUGCUAUCCUGCAUGAAUGUAGUUGCUUAAAGUGGGGCAUGGGCAACAGUUGAUAUUCCUUGCCUACUGUGGCCACCCCAGCAGACCCACUGCCCCCAGGCCUGGUGCCAGCUGCCCAGCCCAGCUGUGGCGCAUGAUUCCCCCGUAAAGGAUACUCGCUCCCCACUGUCCUGCAGGAAAACUCAAUUGCCACAGGCUCCACACCCAUCACCUGGGCCAUUCUGCCAAGGUCCCAUAGCUCCAGCAGCACCUGAAGACAAUAUACCCCUGCUCUCUCCACACCCAGCCUUUGUUCUGGAAACCCCAGAGGGGCUGGGGCUUGACUCAUCUCAGGAAAUGUUGCCCCUGGACCCUGGCUUAAGUCUAUACUCCCAACCUCUCUACUCACCCAAAGACCCUCUUGGAGCCCAGCGCCCCCCUCUACAGCUCCUAGGAGUUACCGUCCUUCCUACUCUAGGUCCUGCCCCUGCCUAGCAGUGUCCCAGUUCCCAACAGCCACAGAAGCUCUGCACAGAGUGACCUGGGACCAGCACAGGGAAACUUGUAUAGCUCAAUCAGUGUCAGACUGCAUAAGCAAUAAGGUUUUAAUAAAGCAUUCUGGAGUGUAGGCGAUUCCUACAAUCAGC